AUGGAUGAAGAGACGGAUGGGCGGAUUGGGAAAAGGGAGGGAGAUGACAAAAUCGAGUACCGAGCCUGGAACCCCUUCCGCUCCAAGCUGGCGGCAGCAAUCCUGGGCGGUAUAGACCAGAUCCACAUCAAGCCAGGGGCCAAGGUGCUCUACCUCGGGGCCGCCUCAGGCACCACUGUCUCCCAUGUCUCCGACAUCGUAGGCCCGGAUGGUCUAGUCUAUGCAGUUGAGUUCUCCCACCGCUCUGGCCGUGACCUCAUUAACUUGGCCAAGAAGAGGACCAACAUCAUCCCUGUGAUUGAGGAUGCUCGGCACCCGCACAAGUACCGCAUGCUUAUCGCAAUGGUGGAUGUGAUCUUUGCGGACGUGGCCCAGCCAGACCAGACCCGGAUUGUAGCCCUGAAUGCCCACACCUUCCUGCGUAAUGGAGGACACUUUGUGAUUUCCAUUAAGGCCAACUGCAUUGACUCCACAGCCUCAGCCGAGGCGGUGUUUGCUUCGGAAGUGAAAAAGAUGCAGCAGGAGAACAUGAAGCCCCAGGAGCAGCUGACCCUAGAGCCAUACGAAAGAGACCAUGCCGUGGUCGUGGGUGUGUACAGGCCACCCCCCAAGGUGAAGAACUGAAGCCCAGUGCUGUCUGGAUUUCGAGAGAUGUGUGUUGAUACUGUUGCACGUGUGUUUUUUCUAUUAAAAGACUCAUCCGUCU